AUGUCGGGGCGGGGGAAGCAGGGGGGCAAAGCCCGCGCGAAAGCCAAAUCCCGCUCCUCCCGCGCCGGGCUCCAGUUCCCCGUGGGGCGCGUCCACCGCCUCCUGCGGAAGGGGAAUUACGCCGAGCGGGUGGGGGCCGGGGCCCCCGUGUAUUUGGCGGCGGUGAUGGAAUAUCUGACGGCCGAGAUCCUGGAGCUGGCCGGGAACGCCGCCCGGGAUAACAAGAAGACUCGGAUCAUCCCCCGCCACCUCCAGCUGGCCGUCCGCAACGACGAGGAGCUCAACAAGCUGCUGGGGGGCGUCACCAUCGCCCAGGGGGGCGUCCUGCCCAACAUCCAGGCCGUGCUGCUGCCCAAGAAGACCGAGAGCCACAAGGCCAAGGGCAAGUGAGGCGGCGGGAGAAGUCGCCUCCCAGCUCCUUUGGUCUCUUUUUUUAUUUUAUUUUAUCGCCUUCAGUUAAUUUUCCUCUCUUAAA